AUGAAGAUGCGCGGCAACCGGGAACAUGUCUACAAAGUGAAUCAGAAUCCAUCGGCUCAUGAGGCGAUCGAGCCACCGCCGAACACGCGCGAAGAGGGCCCGCCACCACCAGAGCUGAGGCAAGCACCUCCCAAGGUCAUCGAAUGCGAUGGAAGCCCACCAGCUCCGGAUCUGUUUGAGAGCCUUGUGAUCCCCGGGCCGACAGCGAAGCGCUCCGAUGCUGCUGCGGCCCUCUCCGAAGGAGAGAAAGUGCACGUUUGGAGCAAGUCUCGGGGAAUCUGGAUCGAGGACGGCGUCGUCCAGGAGAUUUCCAAGGUGGAUGUGCAAAUUCUGGGUGAGCCUAUCUACAAGGGCUCCGUGUUUGUGGUCUUUAACGAGGGCAGCAACUCGAAGUGGGUUCGCCCGACCGAUAUCCAGCGGCUUCUUCGGAGGCCCGGGGCUUCUCCGACAGCUCAGGCAGCUGCCACAGGGAGUCCCGCUGCUGGGGCGGGCACACCCAUGGCCCCGGGCACAGGGAAAGAUGGAACUGAAGAGCAAGCGCCUAAUGCGGAUGCUGUGGCAGAGCUUCAGGAGGAGCUUCGGCAAGCAAGAGGCGAUUUGCUCGCGUUGAGCAAGUCCAACAAAGGCCUCUUGACUCAGCUCAAGCGGGCGCGCAGCUCCAACACAGCCCUUCAGCAGAAGUUAGACGACCAGACCCAGAUGCUUCAGAAGGAGCAAGAGUUCAAUGCAGCUCUUGUGGAUGGUCUGCGUCAGCAAGGUACGCGGACAUGCUCCAAAGCUUCUGACAGACAUGAGACAGUUGCUUGCUGGGAGUAUUUGGAGCAAGAGCCGGACGCAUGGAGACGAUAUCUCCCAGAUGCGGAAAAGGCCCUGGAAGAAGCACGCUCGGACAAACUGCCGGAGCUGACUAUCAGUAGCUCGGGCUUCAGGUAUCGCAUCAACUUGUCCGCCAUGACACAGACAAAUGUGGAAACAAGGAGGACGUGUACGAUCCGCAGACGAGAAAUUCUGUUGCACGCUGAUGCUGUGCUCAAGAUGACUACGGAAACCCAGACUUUGCGUGGAGAGAACCAGCGAUUGAUUGUCGACCUCUGCAGGAAGUCUGACGAGAUCCUAGCCUUGGAACUAGACAUUCGGGGCUUGCAAGAAAAUAUCGAAGCCAAGACGGACAGCAUCCGGAGCUUGAAGGCAAAGAUCCGGAGCUUGAGUGGGGAGAUCGACGAGUUGCAUGCUAGCCACGAGCGAACGGAAGAAUGUCUCGUUGAGGCAAAGCACACCGCCAGAAAGCUGGAGGUGCGGCACACAGAGCUGCAGUUUGAACAUGAUUCAAUGAAAACGAAUAUGGAAAAGCUUCAGUCGGCUUUGAAGCAAGAGAGGCAAAAGCUAUACACAACAGUCCUUUCCCAACUUCCGCCAAAGCCGUUGAAUGAAGCAGCGAGGGGAUUUUGCAGAAGCUUGGACAUUGAUGAUCCGAAACAUCUUGCUCUCUUGGAGCAGUUUCAAUCAUCGAUGGCCAACCAUCGCCUGAAACUUGGCUCAGACCAUUGGUGCGAGCCAGCAAAAGUGUCUGUGACACGCAUCGAGGAGUUGAUUCACCCUGCAAAUCAACAACUUUAUGAAGCGAUGCGUCGUAUGAGAGCGAGUGAAGACAGCUGUCGUGCCUGCACUCCAACUGCCGGCAUCACUGCCUUCAAGUGCGAGGUCCAGCCGGGUUGGGUAGAUAUGAACGAGUACUUACUCUACCAUGGCACCAGUAGAUGCAAUGCAGAGCAAAUCAUGGCUCGGGGCUUUGAUGCCCAGCGUGGUGGAGAGUCAACAGGAGCGAUGUUCGGUAGGGGUGUGUAUUUCGCACAGAACGCCUCCAAGUCUGAUCUCUAUACAACUUGUGAUUUGUGCGAAGGCAUUGGCAACCAUGACUUCCGUCAAUGUCGCCAUGCCCAAGGUGAGAGAUGCAUCUUGGUCACAAGGGUGCUACUGGGAGAAAGCAAGACUGCCAAGAACAGCGGCGGAAAGGAUCAGAUUCGGGCUCCACAGCGUGAUGACGGAAUAUCGUACGAUUCCAUUACAGCUUUGGAAAAGGGGGAAGGAGGGGUGUUGGACCAUAAGGAGUUCGUCGUGUUCAAGGACCGGCAGACGCUCGCAAGCUUCCGGAUCUUUUACCGGCACGACUCCUCAUGCUCAUGCAACGGCUGCCAGCACCGCAGAUCAGGCACCUAG